GCAAAGCUAACAAGAAUGUCCAAUGGGAUGAGGACAUUGUGGAGUACAUGCCCACCAACCCGGUGAGAAUCGCCUUUGUCCUGGUGGUCCAUGGCCGUGCAUCUCGACAACUACAGCGCAUGUUCAAGGCCAUCUAUCACAAAGACCAUUUCUACUACAUCCAUGUGGAUAAGCGUUCCAAUUACUUGCAUCGGCAAGUACUCCAGUUCUCCAGGCAGUACGACAAUGUCCGAGUCACCUCCUGGAGAAUGGCCACCAUCUGGGGCGGGGCCAGCCUCCUGUCCACCUACCUGCAGAGCAUGCGGGAUCUCCUGGAGAUGACUGACUGGCCCUGGGACUUCUUCAUUAACCUCAGCGCUGCUGACUACCCCAUCAGGACAAAUGACCAGCUGGUGGCAUUUCUCUCCCGAUACCGAGAUAUGAAUUUCCUGAAGUCGCAUGGCCGGGACAAUGCAAGGUGAUACACUGG